CGCUCCCCGGCGCUUGAUAUAGUUAGUAUAGAUAGGGUAGUCUCGCCGGUCUGGCCUGUCGGCACCACGCCGCCACAAUCAUGUUUAAUCAUGUGAGCUGACGACGGGGUCUUCUGUGCUCGUCAAUGUUGUUUACGCGCCUUGCUCUAUGUCCAUCCCCUACUGUCCAACACGCUCUGGUAAGAGGACUCUAGCUGCUUGCAUGACCACGCAACAUGGAGCCGCAAGAACCGCAAGAACCGCUCUCUCGAGGGAGCCAAGACGCCAGUUCUGACCAGCCGGAAGGCCAGCCUCCCGUCCCGUCUUCCGGUGAGACUGGCUCCUCCAACCUAGCAUCCCCGGAGCUCGGACUGCCCGAAGGGGAGGCUGGCCCUGAACCGGAGGCACUCCACCCAGUCUCGAGCGGUCCUGCCUACAGCGUCUUCCCCAAGCCGACUAAGCGGUGGAUCAUCGCCAUGGCGGCAUGUGCGAGCUUCGUCUCGCCCAUGACCGCCAACAUCUACUUCCCGGCCUUGAACCCCAUCGCGGCAGAUCUCGGCGUCUCGGUCAACCUCAUCAACCUGACGUUGACGACGUACAUGGUGUUCCAGGCCCUCGCUCCCACCGUUGCUGGUGACUUUGGCGACAUGGCUGGGAGGCGGCCGGCCUUCAUCGUCUGCUUCACCAUCUACGUCUUUGCCAACCUCGGGCUCGCCCUCCAGAAUAAUUACGCCGCGCUGCUGGUGCUGCGGAUGCUCCAGAGCGCUGGGAGCAGCGGGACGCUCUCCAUGUGCUAUGCUGUUGUCGCCGAUGUCGCCGUCAGCGCCGAAAGGGGGAAAUACAUGGGCUUCGUUGGUGCCGGCAUCAACAUCGGGCCUACCCUCAGCCCCGUCCUUGGCGGCAUCCUGGCCCAAUACCUGGGUUGGCGGGCCAUCUUUUGGUUCUGUCUGAUCUACGCCGCCUCCUGGCUGAUACCAUACACCUUGACCGUCCCCGAGACCUGCAGAAAGGUGGUGGGAAACGGCUCCAUUCCACCCCGGGGAUGGAACAUGACCGUGAUCGACCUCGUUCGCCGACGCCAUAAACCCAUACAGCGUGCUGACGCGACUGACGGUCCUCCCAAGCGCGCCUUGCGCUUCCCCAACCCCCUGAACGCCCUCAAGGUCGUCUUCGAGAAACAGCUCGCCUUGCUGCUGCUUUACAACACCCUGAUCUACCUGGUCUUCAUCCUGAUCGUGGCCACCCUGUCGACGCAGCUUGCGGCUAUCUACCACCUCACCGACCUGCAGAUCGGGCUCUGCUAUCUGCCGUACGGCCUCGGCUGCUGUCUGGCCGCCAUCUCGCAGGGCUACAUCCUCGACGCCAACUACCGCAGGACAGCCCGGAAGAUCGGCUUCACCAUCGACUACAAGCGGGGUGACGACCUGCGGGAGUUCCCCAUCGAAAAGGCCCGGAUCCUGCCCAUCUUCCCCAUCCUGUCCACCGGCAUCGCGGCCGUCAUCUGCUACGGCUGGGUCCUGCACGCCGAGACCAGCCUCGCCGGGCCGCUGGUCCUGCUGUUUGUCGUCGGCCUCUGCAUCACCGGCUCCUUCUCGAUCCUCAACACCCUGAUCGUCGACCUGAACCCCGAAGCUCCGGCCACCGCCGUGGCGGCCAAUAACUUGGUGCGCUGCCUCUUCGGUGCUGGCGGCACUGCCUUCAUCGAGUCCAUGCUCAAGGCGCUGGGGAGGGGUUGGACUUACACGUUCUGGGCCCUUGUUUUGGUGGUCUUUUCGCCCGCCCUGUGGGUGCUAAUAGCCAAGGGGCCGAGAUGGCGGGAGGAGAGGCGACUCCGUCGGCUUCAGGCGCGGGAGAAGGAGGCUGUGGCGAGCGCUACCGAGGCUACCUGACGGGGGUCCCUCACCAGGCUGGGGCACUGCGGCAGCAAGGGGUUGUUCGGAGUCAGUACGAAUAUGGCAGUUUCGGCCAUACAUUGGUUGAGGAGCCAUACCCGGGAGAGCAUCUCAGGAGUAAAAAGGGGCCGAGGCCUUCUCGGCAGCAGCGUCUUGCAAAGAAACGCAGAAGGGCCGCGGCUGUGCCCUGGAACUGUCAUCCGCGAAGCUGGGGUUACUCUGGCCCCUCCAGUAAAGUAGGUGAGGGGACAAUCGUGGCCCCGGCCGUGGCUCG